AUGGCGGGCAGCGCGGUGGCAGCCCUGGCGCUGGGCUCCGAUGACCGCGGAGGAGGAGGAGGAGGGGAGGAGGCAAGCCCCGCGAAGGGAGGGCGGAGGGAGGAGCGCAGAGCCCUGGAGGAGGGUUUGAGGGGCAGAGGGGAAGGGAAGCAGGCAGCGUGGGAGGGGAAGGGGAGGAGGCACGGGGCCGGGGACCCGGCCAGGAGGGAGACAGGGGAUGGCAGGAGAGGAGGACCCCGGCCGCGCUCUUUAUCUUCGCUCCUCUUCUUAAUCUCUCCCGGCCUCGCCUUCCCUCUCUUUUCACUCGGGUCCUGGAGCCCCAGACGCUGCGUCACAACUUCUCUGGUUGGCGCGGGCGGGGAAGCAACUGCAAAACUUUCCGCGAACUUCACCGCGUGGUUAGACCUGGGCUGCUGCAAGGCCCAGCCAGUCGAGGGCGGGGGCGUGCGACUGACCCAGGUGGCCAGACUCGGGCAGCCAGCAGCCCCUCCAUCCCGCCUCUUCUGCCAGUUGCCAGCCGCCAAGCGUCCGCUACUUCCAUGCCUAGGAAGACCCCCUUCCCCUAGUCUGCAUUUGUGUGACCCCUGGCACGGAAUGUGUAGUACUUCAGCUAGUUGGGGCCCCGCGUCCAGAAACCUGGGACAAAAGCGGUCCACCGGGUGUCCCAGAAGAUCUUCAUCGCUCCCACCAACUGGAUUGCUGGCGGAUAGCGAAGAGCCGAACGGAAAUUUCAUAAAAGUAAAGACAAACCAGUUUUUUCGUGUUAUGCAACGGGCCAGAUGGCAGUACAGAGCACUGGACUAGGAGCCUAGAUUUUGGAGGGCAGCCCACAUCUAGUUCUGAUUUCCCAAACAGAUCUCUAGCUAGGGCUGAGAGUUUUGGAGACUCUAUACUAAAAGAAGACUCAUCUUCUCCUACCACAAGUGACCAAAACACUGUAAAACUGUAAUAUACAUUUUAUUGUUUCCUGCACUAUCCAUGGUGGUGCUUUUUUUUUUUUUUAAUUAAGUGCUGCAUUUUAUGACUUCUGCCAUGGGUAAUCUUCCCCCAGUCUCUGCAGUAAGUUGCUGGCCUAAAGAGGCUACCUUGGCUCUUCCCAGCUCUGCCAGCUGAGUCUGUUGGUUGAUAUAACCCACUGAUUGCAGGCCCCCAAAAGGAGCACCUGCAGCCCCCUGUAAAUAGUCCACUAGCCACACUUGGCCCUGAGACAUGAUUGGCAGCCAGGCAAACAAAUUCCCUACUCCAAGGCUAGCUGGAGUAGGUCUGAGAGAACCCAUUGGCUUUGGGGAAGCAAAUGAUUCACUUCACUGCCCCUUGGGACCCAUCUUCUUGGAGUGCAUGUCUUAGGAUCCUAGGAUCCUUCGCACAACUGGCCCUGUAAGGCUGCCUCCUCUUGGCCUCCCUCUUAUACUGUCCAGCUAUCUUCCAGGGCUUUGAAGAAUCUACAAGCUGUGGCUAAGCGCUGUCUUCCCUAUCUGAACAGCCUUUAAACACAGGAUGCUUCUGGAAUAGAAUCAGAUGCCUCCUCCACCAGCCUGAGUAAGUUCUGGCACUACCCACCUCAAAGAACAGAAGCUAACUCCCUGACAUCACCAGGGUCCUCUGCACUUGCUUGGGAGGGACCAUCAGUCCUGUACUGCCCCUCAUGAAGCAUCACUCUGUGUCAAAGGACACAGUUGCAGCCCUGUGUUUCAUUUGAUGGGGAAAAUAAACUUUUUGCCAUAUUUCAAGCAGUGAAGAUUCUGCUCAGGGGCUGAGAAAUAGGGAAAGGCAAUGCACUAGCCAAGUCUUGCUCAAGCUGCUCAGGUCUGUUCUAGUCAUGGUUGGUCACUGUGUGCUACUAACCAUUGGUAUCUGCCUGGGCCCACGAUCAUGACCACCACUGGCUUAGAUCUUGGGCUCAAAGGACACAAAGCAGAGCUAAAACAAUUCUCUGUCAGAGACCCUAGUUUAGACCAUUCCUUAAAAUCCUGUGCAGCCAUGGUAGUACAAGCCUGUCAUCCUAGCACUUGGGAAACUGAGGUAGGAGGAUUGCAGUGAGUUGAAGGCCAGCUUGGACUACAUGGUGAGUUUCAGGCCACUCUGGAUUACAGUGUGAAAGCUUGUCUCAAAAUAAACAAAAAACCCAGGGCUGGGGAGAUGGCACAGUGGGUGUGCUGGAUGACUUCAGCUGUAAACUUGACACACCUGGGUGGAGGGAACCACAAUAGAGGAAUUGUCUCCAUUGGAUUGGCCUGUGGCCAUGUCUGUGGGGUGUUUUCUUGAUUGUUGAGUGAUGUGGGAGGG